GCUGAAGGGGAAUCGCGGCGCUGGGGUGUCGGAGCCAUGAACUAUGCGCGGUACCUCACCGCCAUGAGCGCAGCCCGCGAGCCUUCCGCCAUCCGGGUCCUGUCUGAAAUAGUGAACAGGGCACCAAAAUCGCUCAUCUCCUUGGCUCCUGGAUUUCCAAAUCCGAACACUUUCCCUUUUAAGACGGCCAGUAUCACCAUAAAAAAUGGAAAGACCAUCCAAUUUGGAGAAGAGAUGAUGAAGAGAGCGCUUCAGUAUUCUCCAAGUGCUGGAAUUCCAGAACUGUUGACCUGGCUAAGGCAGUUACAGGUACAAUUGCACAAUCCUCCCACUACCCAUUAUCCACCCAGUCAAGGACAAAUGGAAAUAUGUGUCACCUCUGGCAGCCAAGAAGGUCUUUCUAAGGUGUUUGAAAUGCUCAUUAAUCCUGGAGAUAAUGUCAUCGUAAAUGAACCGGUUUAUUCAGGAACACUUCAAGCUCUGCAGCCAAUGGGCUGUAACAUUAUUAACGUUUCCAGUGAUGAAUUUGGGAUUAUUCCAGAUGCCCUCAAAGAAAUACUUUCUAAAUGGACACCAGAAGAUUCACAGGACCCCGAGAAAAACACCCCCAAAUUUCUUUACACUGUCCCAAAUGGCAACAACCCUACUGGAACCUCACUAACAACUGAGCGCAAAGAGGAAAUCUACAAGCUGGCAAGAAAAUACGACUUCCUCAUAAUAGAAGAUGAUCCUUACUAUUUUCUCCAGUUCAGCAAGUCCUGGGCACCAACAUUUCUUUCCAUGGAUGUUGAUGGCCGUGUCAUCAGAGCUGACUCUUUUUCCAAAGUCCUCUCCUCUGGGUUGAGAAUAGGGUUUCUAACAGGUCCAAAACCCUUCAUAGAGCGAGUUGUUUUACACACACAAGUUUCAACACUGCACCCCAGCACUUUUACACAGCUCCUGGUAUCAGAGCUUCUACACCAGUGGGGAGAAGAGGGCUUCCUGGCUCACGUAGCUAGGGUUAUUGAUUUCUACAGGAAGCAGAGGGAUGCGUUGUUGGCAGCUGCAGACAAGUGGUUAAGUGAUUUGGCAGAGUGGCACGUUCCUGCUGGUGGAAUGUUUUUAUGGAUUAAAAUUAAGGGCAUUUCUGAUACCAAACAACUGAUUGAAGAAAAAGCCAUUAAGAAUCAGGUAUUAAUGGUACCUGGAUAUGCUUUCUUCAUUGAUCGCUCAGCUCCGACUCCUUACUUUAGAGCGUCCUUCUCUUUGGCUUCUCCAGAGCAGAUGGAUGUGGCUUUCCAGAGAUUAGCCCAACUUAUAAAAGAAUCUUUAUGAAGAAAUCAAACUAAUCAAUACUACUCGGUGGAUUUUUCAGAUAAAAUAUUUCUGUGUUUUGGCCAGAAGAAAUGAUGGGUGGUGUUAGACUUACAGGUUAGAUGUAAUUACAUAUGUU